ACACGGGCAGACUGCAGACCGUGCGUGUUACCUGUGCAUUCAUCCACGGCUCUGCGACCCGCUCACGCUGCCUGUGCAUCGACGGAGGGGGCAUUAGAUCCAAGGAGCCAAGCGACCCUCCGGAGCAACAAGGUCAAACACUCCGAUCCCCCCCCCCCCCCCGGUUGAUACGAAGGUGCAUUACAGCCACCACAACAACGCGGUGCGUGUGUGCAUGAUUCGAGGCUGAGCAGGAGGAGGAGGAGGAGGCUGCUGCGGUCUGAACCCAGAUUUUUAUCCCUGGAUAUUUUCGACUCAGGCGUCGUGCCGUUCGCGUACACGGGCUGCGCGUGUGUGUGUUUUAAUAUGACACCGUGUGCUCCCCGCCGCCUCUUCCCAUCCCGCGUCUGAGGGGGGGGGGUCUCACCCGUUCUCUGCCUCCCGAGGACCCUCCAGCAGCGGGACGUUGAGCGUUUUUUCUUCCAGCCAUGGAGAGUGAAGAUGCGGAUUACAGAGGAAUCCCCGCCGCUGCGGUAGCCGCAUCGUACACCCCGACACGGCACUGUUUUCGGCAGGACUAAGCGACACUAUGAAUACGCAUUUUCAGCCUAGAGGAAUAAAUCGGUGAAUUUAGUCCGGAGCACGGUUGGACUCUCCCCACUAGGAAACGUGUGAGAGAGAGAGAGGGCGCUAUCCCCGCUAGCCUGUGUGUAGUAACGCUAGCUUCUAGCUCCUUUAGCCGGCUAACUGCUAAAAGGUGCUGCCUGGGGGAUUGAAAAGCGGUUUAAUAAUUCCGGCCGGGCUUCGCCGAGCCUUUCCCUGCCUCAACAUUUUUAUUCACAGGGUCUCAGGGGAUUCACUCAUUCCAGGAAUGAGGUCUCGAACAGAAAGGAACCGCUUGACCUUGUUUUGGGGUCUGAUGCUGGGUCUGUCGUCCUGCCUCCGGCCCGCCACCGCAGAGAUCUGUGGUCCAAGCAUCGACAUUGGCAAUGAUAUCAGUGAAUUCAGGCGUUUAGAGAACUGCACAGUGGUGGAGGGCUACCUGCAGAUCCUCCUCAUCGGUGACAAAAACAACAAUAAUAUCAACCUGGAACACUUCCGCUCCCUCAGCUUCCCCAAGUUGACCAUGAUCACUGACUACCUGCUGCUAUUCCGGGUGUCGGGCCUGGACAGUCUAAGUGCGCUCUUUCCCAACCUUGCCGUCAUCCGAGGACGUAACCUAUUCUACAACUACGCCCUUGUAAUAUUUGAGAUGACCAGCCUGAAAGACAUCGGCCUGUACAACCUGCGUAACAUCACCCGUGGUGCCAUCCGCAUUGAGAAGAACCCUGAGCUGUGCUACCUGGACUCUGUAGACUGGUCACUCAUCUUGGACGCAGAGUUCAACAAUUACAUUGCCGGGAACAAGCAGUCCAAGGAGUGCAGCGAUGUUUGUCCAGGCAUCAUGGAGAAUAGUCCGCAGUGCAGAAAGACCAUGUUCAACAACAACUACAACUACCGCUGCUGGAAUUCCAAUCACUGCCAGAAAGAAUGCCCUGAGAAGUGUGUGCAGCGAGCGUGCACAGCGGACGGCGAGUGCUGCCACCCUCAGUGUCUAGGCAGCUGCACAGUCCCCCUUAACGACACAGCAUGUGCCGCAUGCUUGCAUUACUACCACCAAGGACGCUGUGUGGCCAACUGCCCUCCCGGCACCUACAAGUUCGAGGGCUGGCGCUGCAUCAGUGCCGAGCUUUGCUCCAAAGUCCACCUCCCAGAGUUCGACAGCUUCAUCAUCCACGGUGGAGAGUGCAUGCCUGAAUGCCCGUCUGGGUACACGCGCACUACACUCAACAGUAUGACCUGUACAGCAUGUGAUGGUCUGUGUGAUAAAGUGUGUGAGGAGAAGGUCAUUGACUCCAUGGACGCUGCUCAGUCUCUCAAAGGCUGCACUGUUAUUAAAGGCAACCUGCAUAUCAACAUCCGCCGAGGCCACAACAUGGUGGCAGAGCUGGAGAGUUUCACUGGUUUAAUUCAGAGGGUGACGGGAUACGUGCGGAUCCGACACUCUCACACUCUGAGCUCCCUGGCCUUCCUCCGCAGCCUCAGAUACAUCGACGGAGAAGACCUUCUGGAUGACAUGUACGCCUUCCAUGCGUUUGACAACCAGCAGCUCCAGUAUCUUUGGGACUGGAAACAGCACAAUCUCACUAUCAAAACAGGAAAGCUCUACUUCAGAGCCAACCCGAAGCUGUGCAGGUCUGAGAUCCGCAACAUGUGGAACAAAACGGGUAUCCAUGGCCGCUUUGAUGAGAGCGAUUUCCGAAACAACGGCGACCGAGCCAGCUGUGAAAGCACUAUCCUGACGUUUAAGUCCAACACCACCAGCAGCACACGGAUCAAACUGAUCUGGCAGCGGUACCGGCCUCCUGACUACAGGAACCUCAUCAGCUUUAUUGUCUACUACAAGGAGGCGCCAUUCCAGAACAUCACAGAGUUCGAGGGGCAGGACGGCUGUGGCUCCAACAGCUGGAACAUGGUGGACGUGGAGCUGAGGCAGGACAAGAACUCUGACCCUGGCGUUCUGCUGUCUGGUCUGAAACCCUGGACGCAGUAUGCCGUCUUCGUCAAGGCUAUCACACUGAUGGUGGAGGACAAACAUAUGCCAAGUGCCAAGAGCAAGGUUGUCUACAUCCGCACAAGCCCCUCAGCGCCCUCCAUGCCUCAGGAUGUGCGGGCAUACUCUAACUCCUCGACGCAGCUGCUUGUGCGUUGGUCGCCCCCCAUCGCACCAAAUGGAAACCAGACAUAUUACCUGGUCAGAUGGCAGCAACAAACCGAAGACAGAGAGCUCUACCAACACAACUACUGCUCUAAAGAUCUGAAGAUUCCCAUAAGGAUUGCUGCCAUAGGUGUGGGAGACCAGGAAGAGGACACCAAGCCCACUAAAUCGGAUCCUGAGGGGGGAGAUAAAGGUCCAUGUUGCCCCUGCCCCAAGUCAGUGGAGGACCUGGAGGCAGAAGCCGCUGACGCCUCCUACCGAAAGGUCUUUGAAAACUUCCUGCACAACUCAAUUUUUACACCAAGGCCUCCAGAUCGUCGGCGCAGAGAUCUCUUUGGCAUCGCCAACUCCACUCACUCCCGCCGCAACCGUCUGCACACCAACAGUAGCAAUGUCCCUCCUCUCCAAGCCGCUGUUAACAGCAGCACCCUGGCUGAGGUGGAGCCAGCUGACAGAGAGUUUUCUUUCAGGGAGCAAGCUGUGACAGAGCGCAGGCUGCAGAUCUCUGGCCUGCAGCCGUUCACUGUGUACCGCAUUGACAUUCACGCCUGCAAUCGACAGGUCCAGCGUUGCAGCGCGGCAGAGUUCGUCUUCUCCAGAACCAAGCCUGCAGAAAAGGCUGACGACAUUCCGGGCCAGGUGACCUUGGAGGGCCAUGAGGACUGGGUGUUUCUGCACUGGCCAGAGCCGCCUCGACCCAAUGGACUCAUCCUCAUGUAUGAGAUCAAGCUUAAGCUGGCUGCUGAGACUGAGAAACACGAGUGUGUCUCUGGUCAGAUGUAUCAGGCCCAGCGUGGCGUUCGGCUUUCCAACCUCAGUCCAGGAAACUACUCGGUCAGAGUGAGAGCCACGUCGCUGGCUGGCAACGGCUCCUGGACACAUGUUGUUGAUCUCUUUGUAGCUGAACGAUAUGAAAACGUCCUCUAUGCUAUGAUCUUCAUUCCCAUCGCCAUCAUCCUCUUCAUCUGCCUGCUGGUCACAAUGCUGGUGGCCUUCAACAGGAAAAGGAAUAGCGACCGUCUUGGAAACGGAGUCCUGUAUGCCUCAGUCAAUCCAGAGUACUUCAGUGCUGCAGAAAUGUAUGUACCAGAUGAGUGGGAGGUGGCGCGGGAGAAGAUCGCCCUGAGUCGAGAGCUUGGCCAGGGCUCGUUUGGCAUGGUGUAUGAAGGCCUGGCGAAGGGCGUGGUCAAAGACGAGCCAGAGACACGAGUCGCCAUCAAGACUGUCAACGAGUCCGCCAGCAUGAGGGAGAGAAUAGAGUUUCUCAAUGAAGCCUCCGUCAUGAAGGAGUUCAACUGUCACCAUGUGGUUCGUCUCCUGGGAGUGGUCUCUCAGGGUCAGCCCACUCUGGUCAUCAUGGAGCUGAUGACACGAGGAGACCUUAAGAGUUACUUGCGCUCCCUCCGACCUAAAGAGCAGCAGUGGACGAGCCUGUCUCUCCCUCCUCUGAAGAAGAUGCUUCAGAUGGCAGGGCAGAUCGCUGAUGGCAUGGCAUACCUCAACGCCAACAAGUUUGUCCACAGAGAUCUGGCAGCCAGGAACUGCAUGGUGGCUGAGGACUUCAUCGUUAAGAUUGGAGAUUUUGGCAUGACCAGAGACAUAUAUGAGACGGAUUACUACCGCAAAGGUGGUAAGGGUCUGCUCCCUGUCCGCUGGAUGUCACCAGAGUCCCUGAAGGAUGGAGUCUUCACGAUUAACUCUGAUAUUUGGUCGUUUGGGGUUGUUCUGUGGGAGAUUUCCACUCUGUCUGAGCAGCCGUACCAGGGUCUCACAAAUGAGCAGGUGCUCCGCUUUGUCAUGGACGGAGGGCUGCUGGAGAAACCACAAAGCUGUCCUGACAUGCUGUUCGAACUGAUGCGAAUGUGUUGGCAGUUCAAUCCUAAGAUGCGUCCAGCCUUUGUGGAGAUCAUCAGCAGCAUCAAGGAUGAACUGGAGCCGUCGUUCAAAGAGGUUAGUUUCUUCUACAGCGCUGACAACAAGCCGACCGAGGAGCAGCAGGUCCACCUGGACAAAAUGGACAGCAUUGAAGAUGUUCCUCUGGACCAACCUUCGUCCACACAGCCACAGCAAUCCCUAGUCCCCCAACAGACCCCGCCCUCCCCGAGCUCAGAGGCUCCACCUGCCCCCUCACUGAGCCCAUGCUCCCCUUCCUCUCCCUGUACAUCAACCGCUGCCAUGGACAAGCAGGCGACAGGCCAGCAGGCGGCCAACGGGCUGUCGGGUCCAAGCCUUGCAGCAGGGUCAGAGCUCGGGACAGGCGCGGGCGCCACAAUGCGGCCAUCUCUUGAGGAUCUGCCGCCGUAUGCACACAUGAACGGUGGACGCAAAAACGAAAGGGCCAUGCCCCUCCCGCAGUCUUCUGCUUGCUGAUGGGAUAGACACACCAACCAGACUGCCCCCUGCUGCUCUGCAGAACCUGAUGUCACAGUGGGUGUGAUCUUUUAAAAAAAAUAUUGAUAAUAUAGAUAAACACCAAAACCAUCCCUACUAUCUGGGCGUGGUUACUCAGAGAGGAGCAAAGACUCACAGGAAGUCGGAGGAACUGUUUCUGUUACUGUUAGUUCAUGCUCUGCUGUAACUCCAUUCACUCUUUUCAGAUUAUUCUACUUGAGGUUUCUACCAGCUGGCUGUCAGAUGUGACACUGCCCUCGCUGCUGAGUGGAAAGACCAAAAAAAGAAAGAAAAAAAAAAGAAAAAAGACAGGAAAAUAUAAAAAUAAUUGGGGGAGAUCCCUCUGUCUCUCUCUCUCUCUUUAUGGAUCAUCUUAUUUUAUAAAUCGGUGUUUGCUACUUUUUAUAUGUAUUUCCAAACAGAAAGACAAAAUGUAUAGGCCUUUAUAAACAACUGGUGUUUUGAUCACUUUUGGGCGGGCAUUAUGGUGAAACUGUUAAGCAUAUCAAAUGAAAAAAAAGAUCAGCGUCUUCGUCUGUCGUUCAGUAGACUUGUUGCGGCAGGAUGGGUCUCAGCAUAAUGCCAGGUCGACAGCCAUUCUGCUGAAUCUUAAACAACCAAGGGGAGAAAGGUCAAACCUGCCAAAUUUGUUGCCAAAAUUGUACUUUUUGUCAAAGGAUCUCCUCUGCAGUCUUGCCCUGCAACACACCAGAUGGAAAAUGGAAGAAAAUCAAAAGCACUUGGAUUUGUUACCACACUGUUAGUUCAUUUUUGAUGACAUGUCCCUCUACAGUCCUACACCACUCCUCUAUUGCUGUUUGAUACACACACACACAUACUGUACUAUAUCAGAUUGAAGUCAUAGACAGAGGUUACAUCAAUUUAUCUGAAAUUCAGCCACAUCCUGUGGCAAGUGCUGUUUCGUUACAGUUUAACUGCCAAUACAGUCAAUAAGUCAAAAUAAUUCAAUAAAGAGGUGAGGACUGCAAAGGGAAUGAAGCAUAAAGAAGAAGAUAAAUAUAAACACUAGAUCUAUAAAGGCGUUAGCUCCUUGUUCAAAGACGUCCUUGCUGUAUACAAACAGGUAUUUUUUUAGACUAGCCAUUAGUCUCCAACAUUUACAACAUCUUUACGUGGGCAGAUCAUUUAUGUACACACCAGUUGUUUUUGUCACUUUUCUAACUUUUGUAUGGUAGGAGACAUUUAUCAUGUACAGAACAAAGCUGCUAUUCCUUAUUUCUCUUGUGGUUGUAAUAUAGUUAAUAUCUAUAUAUAAAAAGAGAACUCCUUCAGGUUGGAUCUACGAACGUUUCCACUACAGUCCAUUUUUUAAUGCUUGUAACUGUAUAAAGUGUAUCUGACCCAGUUUCUUUUCUGUGUUUGCGUAAAAAAGGUAUGACAAUUGAAAUUGUGUGUUUUCAAAACACCUGUAAUGUCCCCUCCCAUCUUACGAUAGGACAGCGAUGGUGCCAGCGGCACUCAAAGUUCUCAUGUUCUCAUGUUCUAUGGGACACAUUCGAGCUCGGUCCUCUAAGGUUUGGACUAGCCCACCUCAACCCAUCAUCAUACUCGGAGAUUAAAUCGUCACUGCUGAGUCCCAACUAAAUCUCAGGUCAGAGAGAAAAGUAAAAUCCUUUUCUACGUUCUUUUUUGUGCUGUCAUACCCAGAGACAUUGUGUGUCUCAUUCUAUGUCCCUCUGACUGGGUUAUUGCAUUUUCUCUCAUCAUUAGGCAAGAGCAAUCUUUCUUACAUCAGCCUGACACCAGAAUAGGGUUUCCAUGGGUCCUUGCACUUCAAUGAGUCUAAAUACACCUGAAUAUAUUAAUAAAUAAUACUGUUAGUUAUAUAAUCGAAAUGGAUCAACGAAUUUUUUUUUUUAUUUACUUUAUUUUAAUGACCCGUCAUUAACAAGAAACUUUUAAUGUUUGUUUUAUAGUUCAUAUAUAUAUCACUCAGUGGAUAAAUUAAUUCAAACUUAGCUUAACCUUAUUUUACACAAGCUCUGUUUUAUAUUUUUCAACUCCUUGUUUUCCUUUUUCAUGGUCUCCCUUCAAAAUAUAUUCUUUAUAUGUCCCUUGUUUUUUUCGCGUGUAUCAUUAUUUGACGCUAAAGCAUUUUAGCCAACACACAAAUGUCAACAGAGUUAGCUAGCUAACUCUGUUGACAUUUAAAAUAAACAUGUAAAAUAAAAAGCUUUUUUUAUUUUACUUGGUUUAUUUCGAUACAUGCGUCAUUAAAUGACGAACAAAAUUGAAGGAGACAUGAAACACAAAUUAAGAGAUUAAGAGAAUUUAUGAAAACAAAUGCACGAUGCCUUCUUGCUAGUGUUAGCUAGCUAAUUAGGCACAUUUAGCUGCAGCUGGUUUGCUAGCUGAAAGCGGCUCUUUGUGUUUAGCUAGCAGUACUUUUAGGCAAGCUAGGCAGAUGCUAGGCACACAUAGAAAUGCUGGACUUUAUUAUACAUGGACACAGCAGUGUUGUCGUCAUAUCAGCAUUGUUAAGUAUUGUUAAUAUAGAUGAUUAAAAGUGUGCAAACUUAAAAAAGGAAAACUGACGUACUGGAGAAUAUAAUGAGCAAGAGAAAGCUAAAUAGGAGUAAAAUGAAUCAUACUGAGAAAGGAUUUGUAUUUUCCUUUUACUUUCCAUUGUGAUUAUUUAGAUAACAGUAUUAUUGAUGAGUUCAUUGGUUCUAAUAAUAUUUCAUAAAUUUGUUUGGACCUUUCAGGCUUCAUAAAAUGUUUGCUGCGUAAAAGAAACUGUGUUGAAGAUACAGACUAAAUUCAAAAUGGAAUUGAAUCAGUUCAGAAGCAAGUGUGGACAUCUUGUUUUUCUGAAGGCAAGUGCAAAAAACAAAAGAAGAAAAAACCCUGUCUGUUUGGAUAAUUUCACUUCCUGCUAAUCAAUGUUUCUCUUGAAUCAAGGGUGCUGCUGGAGUAAUCCAUAUUAUUUAUCUGUUUUCAACAUAUUAGCAUGUUUGUAGAAGAUUGCUGAAGUAAAGGUGGUUUGAGAAAUGGGUGGAACUGAGAAUUUCUUUGAAAAUUGCUUUAGUAAAAACAAGAUUUCGCACCCGAGGAUGAUGCUAAACCUAUUAAACAAAUCCUGGACAUGUUCUGUUAUUAGACAACUCAACCUGAAUUCGACAAGAGAGCUAACUGAAGGUCCUAUGUGCUGAACAUCUAAGAGUGUAUCAGAUUUUAUGAAGAGGUGUAUAAUCAGAGAGGACCACAUGGAGUAGAUUUGUCUCAUUAACUUCAAAACGUUGUUUUUGGAUUUUCCCAGCCCAGAUGUUUUUGGUUAUUUAUGUUACUUUUCAUUUGAAGUGUUAAAUCACUGUACAAAUUCCCCACAAGUUGUUUUUUCCUUCUAGUAUUUGUAUUUUUUUUUGCUAUUUCGGGGGAAGGUUUCGUUGUUAUUCCUUCAACCAUCCAUCUACCUCACUGUUUUGUUUUUUUCCUUUUUCAAUCUAUAUAAAUGUACAGAAAAAAAAACAUUUCAUCUCCGUUGUUUGGCUACAACGGUCGUCUUAGUAAGAGCUGUUGAUAAGGUCAAAUUUAAACCACAAACCAAACCAUUCUCAGAUCAUUCCUAAUAGAGAAGAAAAGAGUUCUGUAACUUUUUUGGUGGGGGGGGCUUAUACUAGACUUAAAGGCUGGCUUUAUUUCUCGGAUGCUCGCCUGUGAGAGGCGGUGGCGUGUUCCUCCCUUGCAGUUAAAGCCUCCUCACCUCCUCCCUUUCUCCACACUCCCCUCUCCCUCUGCUCCUCCCACUACUUUGAAGUGUAGUUCCAGUUAGGGGCUCUCGUGCGUUGCUGUUACCUUAUUACAUGCAUCGGUUUUCUGGUGGGUCCUUUGCUUGACGAGAAAAUAGGUCUAUUCUUUCUUUUUUAACAACAAAAUGUAAACAUGUUAUUUUGCAAUGAAACACAACUGAACUUAAAUAUAAACAAGCAAAACUGAUACUUAAACUUUCAAUUUAGUUUUUGUGUUGCACAAAUUCAAGUAAGUCAUUUCUGGCUACCAUAUGUUUGGAUCAGGUGUGACUUGAGAAACACCUCAAGUGUGAGGAGCUGGAUAAAGAUGUUGUAUUUGUUUUUGUUUUUAUUACCACCAUUACAGGAAUUACAGGUACUGUUCCUUGUGCCUAGACCUGUUGCCGUGGUGAUCAUAAUCCCAGAAAAAAACAUCCUGACUAUUCUCUUCUCCUUUUUUUCUUCUUUUUUCACGAGUCUUCUUCCCACCCUCAUUGGAAUCAUUGUAAUUUCAGGCUGGGAGUCUCAGUGAUAUGAGUCCUCCGGUCCAGUCCGCCCACAAAAGCAGACUGUGGUGGUCGCGUGGCGGUUUGAACUGACGUGAAUGGGUAUUUCACUGUUUGUGGUCUGAUUUCACUUAAACCACUGGAACACCUCACAGAGCGGACUUCAAAUCGAACAAAUUUCUUCUCUUAGUUUUUUUUGUUACACCGAUGGCCAAUUUGUCACCAAGAUUUUGAUGUGUGUAAAUUAUUCAUAGCCUUCCAGCUCUUGUGUUUCAACUGCAAUGAUCUGUUAGACAAAAGUCCAAUUUUUGGUUUUCUUUUGUACAUGCUGUUGUAAGAAUUUUUCCUGUUAUCAAUAUAAUCUGAGUACUGGGGAAAUGAUUGGCUGAAGGAAAAGAGAAUGUCUGUUUCUCUGAUUCUUUUUUUUCUACAUGAGAUUUAAGAUGAAUAAAAAUGUAUGCAAACUGU